UUCUACGUAUUCUGUGCUUUGUAUUGCUGGAAAAAAAAAGGAAUGAGGAGCAUCUUCAUGAAAUCUCCAUCUCCUACAAGGACCACUCCUUCUGGAUCUCCACUUCACCAUACUUUCACCGACUCACUCAUGGAAGAAAACAUCGAAGCUGCUGAAACCAUCAUCACUAAAUGGGACUCCUUGUAUGGCGACAAUGAUGCUCCCUACUGUAACAUUGCUUCUCUUUUCUCUGAAAGUAACCGGGAAGAAGAAGCCAAACAGUAUUUGAGUUCCAUCAAGGGUUUGCAGAAAGCUAUGCAUUACUUGGCUUCACACCAAUCCGAUUCCGAUCAACUCGUUCGAGCUCAAACGCUUAUGCAAACCGCCAUGAAACGCCUCGAGAGGGAGUUUCAGCAGAUUUUGAAGUCCAGCAGGAAUUACCUUGACCCUGAAUCUGUCUCCACUCACUCCUCUUCUUCUAGACCGUCGGUUUCCAGGUCGAGCUUUUCAGAUUUUGAUGAAGAUGAUGAUUCUGAGAACGAGACUGAGUCGAUCCCCGAAGUGGAGCGAGUCUCGGCGGUUGCCAUGGCGGAUUUAAGAGCUAUUGCGGAAGCCAUGAUUUCGGCUGGGUACGCUAAGGAGUGUUUCAAAAUUUACAAAACUAUUCGGAAAUCGGUCGUUGAUGAAGCUCUGUACAAUCUCGGAGUUGAAAGGGCGUUGAGUUUUCAGCAGAUUCAGAAGAUGGAGUGGGAAGCUUUGGAGGCUAAGAUUAAGAAUUGGUUGAACGCUGUUAGGCCGUCGGUUAAAACGGUGUUUUAUGGAGAGAGAAUACUCUGUGAUCAAGUUUUCGCGGUUUCGCCUGCCAUCACGGAAUCUUGUUUCACGUAUAUUCUAAGCGAAGGAGCUCUGGCUCUCUUUGGUUUCCCGGGAAAUGUCGCCAAAUGCAAGAGAACUCCCGAGAAAAUGUUCCGUAUCUUGGAUUUAUAUGAGGCGGUUUCCGAUCUUUGGUCCGAGAUUGAAUCAAUCUUCAGCUUUGAAUCAACGUCGAUCGUCCGAUCAGCCGCCGUUAACUCCUUGGUCAGGCUCGGCGAUGCCGUUAGAACGAUGUUAACGGACUUCGAAACCGCAAUCCAAAAAUAUUCAACCAAAACCAUGGUUCCCGGCGGCGGGAUCCACCCUCUGACACGUUAUGUAAUGAACUACAUCUCUUUCCUCGCCGACUACAGCGGAGUUCUCUCCGACAUCGUCUUCGAUUGGCCGUUAUCGGUUCAAUCACCGUUACCGGAGUCUUACUUCGUCAGCCCCGACAAGGACGAGAACAUUUCGUCGCCGAUUUCAGUCCGGUUAGCUUGGCUUAUCCUCGUCAUGCUAUGUAAACUAGACGGUAAAGCCGAGAUGUACAAAGAUGUAGCGCUUUCUUAUCUGUUCUUAGCUAAUAAUCUUCAGUACGUCAUCAACAAAGUCCGGCGAUCGAACCUGAAACUCCUCCUCGGCGACGAUUGGGUGACGACGCACGAACAGAAAGUGAGAAAGUACGCUUCGAAUUACGAGAGGAUGGGAUGGAGCAAAGUGAUCGCCUCGCUGCCGGGAAAUCCGACGGAGGAGAUUCCAACCGACCAAGUGAUCGAUCAUUUCAGAAAAUUUAACUCGGCUUUCGAAGAAGCUUACAAGAAGCAGAGUUCUUGGAUCGUAGCCGACCCGAAACUCCGAGAUGAUAUAAAGAUCUCGUUUGCUAGACGGAUCGGUCCGGUCUAUAAGGAUUUUUUCGAUAACUACGGUGGAGUUCAGCUGAUGAAUGAAAUGUCGAUUGUCAAAUAUACCCCUGAUGAAUUGGGGAAUUACUGCUCUGAUUUGUUCUUCGGGAGCGGAGGUUCAGGGAGUGUUUCGUCAAAUUCGAGCCUAGGUGGCCGCAGUCUUUGAUCUUGGACCGUUGAACUUGGCCACGUGCGGAAUAUAGACCCUUUUUGUGAAAAAGGAAAUGUGGAUAGCUAUUAAAAAGACGUGCAGUGAGCUAAUUAAUUUAAUCCACUAUAUGGCAUGUAAUCACAUGUAGAAUGCAGAAUUCAUUGAUUUAUUGUCUCAUUUGUACUCUCAA